CUAGUCUCUUGUCAGUCCUACUAGGUGGCUAUAGAUUUGGCUUGCAGUGGGGGCAUGAAAGUCAGUUCCAAUGGCACUAUGUAUGUAUGCAUUAUGGUCAAAACUGUCCACGCCACGGGCAGAGGUGUUCGCCAAACAGCCACAAUCGCACCCACCCGUCGCCAUCUCCUCCACCGAGCAACAGGCAGCGCACGAGGCAUUGCUUGGCAACAUAAAAUGUCUUCAAAUCCUUGGGGUCCAAGACCUCCAGCGUUGGCUUCUUCUGGUCAUGGACAUGACAAAGAUGUCUUGCUCGGAACGGACUUGUCGCAAGUUGUUAGUUCUCUUUCGUCUCCCACAUCUAGCACAUCAGGUGGAAGGGCGUGGCAUACGUCAAGCAGCCUGAUAUCGAAGCCACCACAGCCCAAGGCGCUGUUUCUGCAGCGUGGGAGCAGCCGCCAUCGCCAUCGCACGAGGCCUCUAGGGGCCCAAGAGCAGCCAAGACACCCUCGACCUCUCCCUUCUCAAAGGGGGGAUAUCGAAAAAGCCACAUCGUCAAUGCAUCGGGAGAACCAUCACGUCCCAUCCACCACGACGCACGAUGAGCCUGGGCCUUUGCAAGCCCCCGAGAGAGAGAGCGCCAUGUUCUGUCGGCAGGCCACGCGGGCGGCGGGCGUCGUCGGCGUCGAAAAAGGCGCCUCUCUCGGUCAUCCCCGAGCCUUGUCUGUUGUGCGGCGCAAGGGGACCCCAGGCAUGUAA